UCUCUCUUCCUCUUCCCAAGCUACGCUGCUAUCAUGAAGGUCGAGCUGUGCAGCUUUAGUGGAUAUAAAAUAUAUCCCGGCCACGGCCGGCGAUAUGCCAGGAUAGACGGAAAGGUCUUCCAGUUCCUGAAUGCAAAGUGCGAGUCUGCCUUCCUGGCCAAGAGAAACCCCAGACAGAUCAACUGGACGGUGCUGUACAGACGCAAGCACAAGAAGGGACAGUCCGAAGAGGUGACGAAGAAGCGCACACGCCGUGCGGUGAAGUUCCAGAGGGCUAUCACAGGAGCCUCCUUGGCUGAAAUCUUGGCCAAGAGGAACCAAAAGCCUGAGGUUCGCAAGGCCCAGCGGGAACAGGCCAUCAGGGCUGCUAAGGAGGCCAAGAAGGCCAAGCAGGCAACCAAGAAGCCCUCUGCCCCAAGCACCAAGGCCCCUGCUAAGACUGCACCUAAACAGAAGAUCGCCAAGCCUGUGAAGGUCAGCGCGCCGCGUGUUGGUGGAAAACGUUAAAGUUACAACUUGGCUACCAGUUAAUAAAAUUCUCUGUUAAAAAAG